UCCUCGUAUACAAAGAGAAAUCUACACAGAGAGAGAGAGAGAGAGAGAGAGAGAUGGGAAAAAGCAAAGUUUUGAUAGCUGGGGGUACAGGGUACAUAGGGAAGAGACUGGUUAAGGCUAGUUUAGCUCAAGGUCAUGAAACAUACAUUCUGAAUAGGCCUGAAAUUGGUGUUGAUAUUGAAAAAGUUGAAAUAUUAGUGUCAUUCAAAAUGCAAGGAGCUCAUCUUGUACCAGGUUCUUUCAAGGAUUACAACAGUCUGGUGGAGGCUGUGAAGCUGGUCGACGUAGUAAUCAGCGCGAUCUCUGGCGUGCAUGCUCGGAGUCAUCAAAUUCUGCUUCAACUCAAGCUCGUUCAAGCUAUUAAAGAGGCUGGAAAUGUCAAGAGAUUUUUACCGUCAGAGUUUGGAAUGGAUCCUGGAAAGUUAAUUGAUACGGCCAUGGAACCCGGAAAGGUGACACUUGAUGAGAAGAUGAUUGUAAGGAAAGCAAUUGAAGAGGCUGGGAUUCCUUUCACAUAUGUCUCUGCAAAUUGCUUUGCAGCCUAUUUUGUGGGAGGUCUUUGUCAAAUUGGCAAAGUUCUUCCUUCCAGAGAUGUUGUCAUUUUACAUGGAGAUGGAAACAAAAAAGCAAUAUAUAACAAUGAAGAUGAUAUAGCAACCUACACCAUCAAAACAAUUGAUGAUCCAAGAACCCUUAACAAGACAAUCUACAUUAGUCCUCCAGAAAACAUCCUUUCGCAAAGAGAAGUUGUUCAGACAUGGGAGAAGCUUAUUGGGAAAGAACUCCAAAAGAUUACCGUAUCAAAGGAAGAUUAUUUGGACUCCAUGAAAGGGCUUGACUAUGCUCAACAAGUGGGAUUAAGCCAUUAUCACGAUAUUUUCUACGAAGGAUGCCUUGCGAGCUUUAAGAUAGGAGAUGAAGAAGAGGCAUCCAAACUUUAUCCAGAGGUUAAGUAUGAUACUGUGGAAGACUUUCUCAAGCGAUAUGUGUAAUUGAAAACCUUUUGGUGACAUUCUGUGUUGAAAAUGGUUACAUUAGUAUGAUGCAUUGUAGUAUUAUUGUCAAAUUUCAAUUAAGUUAAUCAACGGUAAUAUCCAAUUACCGACUUUUGAAAACAUCCUUUAAGCAACAUGCAAUUAUUAAAUGUUGCAAAAAUAAUGUUGUGAAAGUUUGUUUUUCUUGUAGUGUUAUUGUAAUAAAUUAUAUAGAUAAUGUGCAUGAUCUCAGAGCACUUGGAUUGCAUAUUUUAAAUA